GCCGGGGCCCCGCUGCCCUGCCCGGAAUGGGCCGACCCCUGCCCGGCACGGGCCCGGCGGUGGUGCCCGCAGCCCCGCCCGUGGCGGCCCGAGGGAGCCGCAGGAGCCCGGCCAGAGGCAGCAGGAUUGUGACUUGCACUUAUACAGUCAGCAACUGGAAAAAUGCCAGAUUCUGAAAGUAAUUUGGCGUCUUCACAUGUGGAUGUUACAAAUGGUACUUCAGUCUUGAGUGAAAUGAAAAUUUCGGAUGAAAAGAGAUCUGUUAAAAAAACCCCAGUGACUCAGAUUGGGAAGAAUGGCUAUCCUGACUCCAUAUACAUAAAUGCAGCCAAGAUUUUUCAAGGCAUUCGUACUGAAAAGAGUACAGGUAGAAUCCUGGUACACUAUGGCAACAACUCAGAAUCUCCCAUGGUGGCUUUUAAAGAUGAGCAUUCCAGGCGUGUAUCUUACGAACUGGCUUUCAAUGCUUUAAAAUAUCAAAGUCUUCUUGAAGAAAUAUUGUUAGAUAGUAAGGUUUACCCAUGCAACUCAAUACCAGAUGAGUUAACCAGCUUGCUUGUUGUGAUGCUUUAUGACCUACAAGACCGAAAGUUUCAAAAACGAAAGAUUUUUGAUGAAGAGGAACUUGUAGCAGAGGUUCAGGAAAUAGGGCAUUAUUUAUACAGGUAUAAGACCAAACUGGCAGCUGCACUAGCACGAUGUCGCAUCAAAUAUGAUGCUCUUUCAAUUGAAUACUUUGUACCAGAAACCCUAUCGAAGCAGGAGCAAAGGACUUCUGCUUUACCUGUCUGUUUCUGGAUAAACACAUUUAAAAUCAGCCUUGAAGAUGUUAUCAGAGAUUUGGAGAUGAAGGGAUUCACAAAGGUUGAAUCUGUGUCAGACUUUGACCAUUACACGUAUGCUGUGGACCAACAUUGCCAUGAUGUAUUGGUUUUUCCUUCCUCUCUUAGAGAAGAACUGCUUAAUUUAGAUCUUUUUGCAGAUUGCAGACUCUUACUGCAGGAUAAGUCUCGCAGCCUUGCUGUACACUCUGCACAGGCGAUGUUGGGUGAAGGUGGUGACAUUAUAAUGGCUCACAUAGGCUCCCAUCUGACCAUUGCCCAUAUGUCAGUGCUGACAAAUGACAGCAGCUCCAGAAUUUUUGUCUGUGGUGUGAAAUCUUUGGCAAAAGAAGAAGAACUGAGGAACAGUUUAAGUCACAUGGGAUGUAAAAAUAUUUGGUUGUUACAUGAAGACUUUACUGAGCUUCAAUCAACAGAUUCAAGACUUGAAAAGGCAAAAGUUAUUUUGCUGCUACCAGAAUGCUCUGAACUGGGUGCUGGCAAUCCAAUGGAGCUUAUUUUAAGUGAACACAGAGAUGCAGGAUUGCUACAAGACCUUUUACAAGGAUUUGUGUCUGAGGAUAAACUCAGUAUUCUUGCUGAGAGACAGCUUAAUGAGUUGAUUCAUGCACUGAAAUUUAAGAAAGUACAAGGUAUUGUUUACUGCACUUGCUCAGUUUACCCAGAAGAAAAUGAACUUGUAGUGAAAAAAGCACUGGAAUCUGGAGUGGAGGGAGAUAAAGUACGACCAUAUAGGCUUAUUCCUUCUGUUUUUUCUACUUGCUCUGAUUCAGAGUCUUCCACCGAAAUGUUUUUCAAAAUGGAGCCAUCAGAAAUUUCCAGUGGUUGUUUCCUAGCUGUUCUAGAGAGAGAGAAAGAUACUAAAAAAGUGUCUGCUAAAGACAUUUUGGCUUCUGCUGCAGCACAAGCUCUACUAGAUGGCAUUGUUGAAGAAAAACCAAAAGAAGAGAUGAAAAAACAGAAAGUAAAACAACGUAAACGUAAGGUUACUGCUAGUGAUAGUAAGCCAAAAGCUGCAAAACUCCAUACUGGAGCUAAUGUUAAGGCUGAAGUUCCUGUGUCUAAAGCAGCCAGUAAGAUACAAGAAAAGCAUGUGUGCCCAGUGUGCUCAAAAAAACCAACCAGUAAGAUACAAGAAAAACAUGUGUGCCCCACAAAAGCAGCCAGUGACACACCACAAAAGACUGUGCACAGGAAGAAAGCAGCCAGUAACAUACAACAAAAGAAUGUGCAGCAGGCAAAAGCAGCCAGUGACACACCACAAAAGACUGUGCACAGGAAGAAAGCAGCCAGUAACAUACAACAAAAGAAAGUGCACCAGGCUAAAGCAGCCAGUAAGACAUCCACCUCUAAAGCAGUCAGUAACACACAGCAAAAGAUUGUGCCCUGAACAGACAGCCGUGUUGAGCUGAAGAAAUCCUGUGAACCCUGAUGGACACACAGCCCCACUAAAAGUGCAGAAGGCUACAUCUCAUCUGUCACCUCUGGGCAAGGUGUAUGAGAGACAGACAUCUGCUGAAAAGGUGCGUACAGAACAGAACAGAACAGGGUUGUACUGAAGCCCCUAACAAUAACUUUGCCUUCACUGAUAACGCCAUAUGAAAGGUUGUAAUGAAACAAACCCAGGGUAUCAACUUAACAUUGCUUUCUUGGCCAGAGCACAGAGUCCAACUGGUUGGAUAUUUCCACCACCCUGGUCAAAAAUGGUCAAGCCAACUUGGCUGUAUGAACCUUCAGACUCUGGCCUCCCUUUGUAAAGAAGGUAAAGAUUCCUGUAUAUUAAUCAAUAAGUUUUAAAUUACAGUAUAUCCUUAUGCAAGGAUAAUCUGACCUUGGGAAAGAUAUAUUAUGUGCUACAUGUAUAGAAACAUCCAGUAACUUUCCAUCCAGUAAUCACACUUUAAGUGAAUGGAGCUGCCUAAGGCUGGUAGAUUGCUGGGGGAAGUAAGGUCAAAAAACCAUAGCCUCUUGCUGUACACUUUGAAGUAACAAGUUAAAUCAUACACCUGACUCCUCACUGUAUCUAAACCUGUACAGGUAAUCAGUUUCAAAUUGAUGUUUUUAAAGUGAGACUGUAUUUUUUUAAGUGGCUUUACAUUACAAGUGCUAGAUACCAUUUUUGUGAGUUUCCACUUAAGACUGAUGCAUGGAAAAUAAGCCUUGUAUUUCUAAAACUAGUUGUGAACUUUUGUACAGGAAACUGGCCAAGGACAUUAAAGCCCAUGCAUAGGCUUUCUAGUAUGUGUUGUCUUGGUUUCUUCUUAAGUGUUGAAAUAACUAACAGUGAAAAAUAGAUCAAAUAUUCUCAUGUUAAAAACACCGAAUUGCCAUCAUAAUGUCACAUCAGACUAUGUCAUGGUUCAUAACUGCUUUUUAUCUAUUUCUUAACAUAAACAGUUCUUAGUUGAAAAGAGCUGCUACUGUCAAAGUAACAUUUUUAUAAAUGUUACCGCUAGUCAGCUGAAUAAUGGCUGGACAAAGAGUAGCUGUAUUUGUCAACAGCUGUGGGCUUCUAAGCCGCUUCCUUUUGCUAGCAAAGAUAAAAUAACUUUAAAAUAUCUACCACUGUCUUGUAAUCUGAGUAGAGGAUAAAAGGAGGCAGAGAGAUACUUUUAACAAUAAAUCUGAUUUGUAUCUAGAACUUGUAAAAAUGAAAGAGACAGCACAAUACAGAAAGACGAAGGUAUCUGUGGCCUAGAAAUUUUCUGCUAGGCAACCAUUUCAGAUACUUGGGAAGAGUGUUGCCAGGAGCAUCACCACUAUAGUGUGGAACUUAACCCAUUUGACAUACAGGUCUGGAUUUAGAGAAAAUGUUAUAACAUCUCUAUUUUGUAUUCACCCACCCCAGUUAGUGUCACUGGAUCAGCAGUACCUUUUUAAGAAAGGAUGUGAAUUAUAUUACCCCAGCAGUGUAGACGGCUGGCUCUUGUUCAUCUGAUAAAUAUCCUUGCUUCACUGAAUCAGUGAAAAUUUUCUUCAGCAUUUUAAUCUGAGCCAGCUGUCCUACACUAUACAUCCCUCACCUUCCGCAUAUUCCUGUGACCAAUCCAUGCUCCUUACCUGUUCCAGUAACACAGUGAACUCUACUCUUAUUUCUGAACAAACUUGUAAGGAUAGAUUUAGACCUGUACACAUGCCAUGUGUAGAAUCAGAAAAAAAAUGACUUUAUUUCAAAACCAUCUAGGAGGAGGAGAGAUUCUGCAUAUUGGAUGGAAGGAAUGGACACUAUAGAGAUAUUUUUUUUCCAAAUAUGGUUGUUAAAUGCUUAAAAUAAAUGAGAUUCUGCAGUUAAAGAAUGAUUUUUAAAAAAAAAAAUCAAGAUCUGUAUCAUUCAUUAUUAAAGUUAAAAUUACUUGUAAAACAACAUACAUGUGUCUAAUAACAGAAUUUCUGGGCUACUUACGUAAUAUGUGCCAUGAUGUCCCACACUUGGCCUCAUUUUGCUUUCAGGAAUUUGCAUUUUUGACAUAGUACGGAGGUUAAACCAGUUAGAAUCUUGAUGUCUUACCAAGAAUAUCAGAGAGUGAAUAUUUCAACUGCAGGUCAGCAGCUUAGUUUAUAAGCGUGGAGCAUCACAUGGUGGCAACAUCUGGGACUGACUUCAGAUGGCUUGUAGGUAGAUGCCUCUAACAGUCAAUGACUUUUUACAGUAAAACCAUAUCUUAUGUAACUGUUUUUCUGUUAUCCAGUUGUUUAUUUGUAAUUUUCAACUAGAAACUGUUGGUUCAGCUUUUCAGAUACAAAACCCCUCAUAGUACUGCUAUUGCCUCUAAACCACCAGUGUGUUUUUCCCUUCCUUCAACCACUAAUUUGAACAAAAUAAUUUUGCAGUUUCAUGGAGCAGUAACAGUUGAGACAAUCACUUUAUGCAGCUAAAUUUAUUCUCAGAACAGAUUACAUAAGUGGUCAACAGCAGGGAAAAUUGUCAAAUUGUCCUUUUUCUUGUCAGUCAUGUACUUUUAUGUAAGACUGGGCCCUGCUAAUAAACAGUGGUGUGUUUCCUUCUGUCUUACUGCUGUUAAAUCGAACCUGCAUUGGCUGUUGGGACAGCACAUGGUGUGGCAAUGUGUUAAUAAACGUGCCCAUGAAAGAAGUAAUGCAUUCGGGGGUAAUGCUGAAAUGCUGAGCCCAUACUGGCUCUUGAAAUGAGAAUGUUCUCUUUUCCAUCAGUGAUGUACUAACACUUCUAGAUUCCAUGAUAAAUGAUCUAUGAAAUGCUUGAUAAAAUUAAGAAAUGUAGAACCCUUUGUGACAGCACUGGUGUGAGCUAUUAGGUACUCCACAAUUUUUGUUCCUCUGCCACUGAAGGGUGUAAUAUUUCUGUAAGUACAGGUGACUCUACACAGGAAGUAUAUAACUAGACCUCAUUUUACUGUGAAUGGAUUCUAUGCUGCUCUUAUGCUAUUUUUGUUAUUCCCAGUUAACCAGCCUGUAGGUGGCCUCCAUAUGCUUGCAUCUCCCACACCUCCUUGUUCCCCUGUAAAUGAAACAGUAAGUGGCUUAAAUAAAGCCUACAGCCAGCACUACAGAUUUCAAAAGAAAGGCUUUUAUCUAUUAGUCAUUGACUGUGAAUAUAAAUCUCCUUGCUUCUGCAAGGGAACCUGUUAAUGCCAUGACUGACUUGUGAUACCUCUUACUACUUGCACUGAAAAAAAUUAAGAAGUUAGCUUUGCUUUACAUGAUUCUUCUACAGACUUCAAUAAAAAUGUGACUACAAAUAAUUACAAAGCCUGCCUUUUUUUUAGGCAACCUAUAGAAUACAGAGUGGAGAAUGUUACAAGAGCACAUCCAGUAAAGACAAUACAUCAACAUAAUAAAGCAGGAUAUUUCAGUAAAAAUAGAAUAAAUAAAAUAAAAAUAUUUUAAGCUGUAUUUAACAGUUUAAGUUAGAAUGCGGCAUCAGACAUACAAGGCAUAGUGAACAUGGCUGCUGGCCUACAGAAUGACUAGGUAUUAUAAAAAAUGCAUAGAUAACUGAAGGGUUGCUAUAACAUCAACUAGAACAGUUGCAGUUGCUCAAGCACACACACACCCAUACUCCAUACAUACUUUUUUGGCCAUGGUAAAAAGAGUGUCUGAAUAUAUUGUGAAACAACAGAUAAUAGGCUAUGUAAUAUUAGGCUCUGAUUCGGCAAACACCUGGUGUAUAUUAAAUCUUUUGGAGAAUAAGGAGCUCUACUGAAGCAGAAAGGCCACAUAUAGUCAAAUCAUCAAGCACACUACUUAAAUAUUUGCAAAAUCAACAGCAUUUUGUUAACAGACAUAAACCUCUUAAAACAUACACUGGUGAGUGAUGUACAGCUUUUCUGUCUUCUCUGCCCUGCCUGCAGUUGCACACGUUGCUAAUGAAGGCUAACCAGAUGUUCCUAGCCUUGACAACACGGGUGUAGAACCUUUACACUACUGUUUGCUAAGUGUGGUUUAGUUAAAGAGAGUCUGGAUCUCCCUUUUAACACUAGUUAAUCAGCACUGUGCAGAUGCAAUGACAAAAUUUAAUUGUACUGUUUAAAAUUAAUUCACUGCUGUACAACAGUUGCCAAUUCGAAAUUGUGACAGGAAUGUCAGCAGGAACUUUAAAGACACAGUCAAAGUAUUUAAUUUAAAAUAAAUUAAAAUGUGAAUCACUAGCACAAUGACAAACAAGGAAACUUUUAUCUCCUAACUUCACAAUCCUACCUAAGGGUACCUGUUAGCCACCACAGUUUGAGAGCAGUCAUCCCUGGGAAUAUUCAACACCAGGUUGGAUGGGCAACUUCAUCUCGUGAAAAGUGCCCCCUGAUAGGGGAUUAGAAUGAGACGACCUUUGAGGUCUCUUCCAAACCAAACAGUUCUGUGAUUCUCUGAUAGGAAGUGAGUUUUACACUGCUCCUAACAGAGGUGACUGGGAUCAGUACUGGAAACUAUAGAAGCUAUAUGCAAGCUGCCAUCCCCAUGCUGUGUGAUCUGGCUCUGUGGUCAGUUCAGCCACAGGUACUGCUAAAGGGGGUGGGUUUGUUUGCACCCCUCCCCUCCAGCUCUCCCUGUGUACUCAGCAUAAGCAGCUUUUCCAUCUGUACAGGCAAUAGAGGUGGUGCAAAGGAGGUGGCAAGAGUGAGCCUUGAGGGGGGGAACAGUUGCUUCAGUGCCUGAGGUGUAGAAUCGUGGUCAUGAAGAGAUCUGAGAUCUGUAGCUCUUCA